UUUAAUCAGAGCAUAAAAAAUGGGGGCAAUGAAGAACAUCUGGAACGAGAUGGAGGUUGCAGCGGAAGCUUGUCAGAACGGUGCCAAUGAAUUCCAAACGUCUACUCUCACCAUCGAUACGUCGCUUUCUCUCCCUCAUAUGACCCCUCGCCUCAUAGAGCUGUGCAAGGAUCUGUUCAAGAAGUGGUCAAAUUUGGAGGAUUCUCGGUUCUCUUUUAGAAGAAUAUCCGGUGGCAUCACAAAUUUGCUUCUGAAGGUUUCAGUAAAGGAAGAAAACGGAGAUGAUGUUUUCGUCACUGUAAGAUUAUACGGGCCUAACACCGAUUAUUUUAUCAAUCGUGAGCGGGAAUUAAAGGCUAUCAAGUACCUCUCGGCUGCAGGAUUUGGUGCCAAGUUGCUUGGAAUUUUUGGAAAUGGCAUGAUUCAAUCCUUCAUCGAUGCACGCACAUUAGUUCCAUCGGACAUGAUAAAACCAAAGCUGGCUGCUGAAAUUGCAAAACAACUGCACAGAUUCCACCAAGUGGAAAUACCGGGUUCUAAAGAACCUCAGUUGUGGAAUGAUAUCUCCGACUUUUUUGAGAAAGCAUCUUCUCUUCAAUUUGAUGAGAUUGAGAAGCAGAGGAUCUAUGAGGCGAUUUCAUUUGAGGAAGUUCAAAAAGAAGUUGCUGAGCUUAAGGAAUUGACAGGACAUCUAAAUUCAUCAGUGGUGUUUGCUCAUAAUGACUUGCUUUCUGGGAAUAUAAUGCUCAAUGAUGAAAAAGAGGAACUCUACUUUAUUGAUUUUGAGUAUGGGUCAUACAAUUACAGAGGCUUUGACAUUGGGAAUCACUUCAACGAAUACGCAGGCUAUGAUUGUGACUAUAGCUUUUACCCAACUGCAGAUGAGCAAUAUCACUUCUUUAGGCAUUACCUACAACCGGAGAAACCUCAUGAGGUAUCUGACAAAGAUCUUGAAGCUCUGUAUGUUGAGACAAAUACAUUCAUGCUGGCUUCACAUAUAUUUUGGGCUUUAUGGGCGCUUAUCCAGGCAAAGUUGUCUCCUAUAGAUUUCGAUUACAUUGGCUAUUUCUUCCUGCGCUACAAUGAAUAUAAAGGGCAGAAAGACCAGUGCUUCUUGCUUGCACAAUCAUACCUCUCAAAAAUGCAUAGUCGCUGAAACGCCCAUCAUUGGCUUCCGUAUGUCAUCAGAGCUGUGAUUCUCUAUUGUACAAUAUUAUAUUUUUGUAGCAGUUUAAAGAAAGAAGAAAGCUGAGAAGGAAGUGUGAACAGGUAAUUUCCGGUGGCUUUCUGAUUUGUUCUUACAUUUCAAAAACUUGUAAUUAAUUUGUUUGUAUCCAUUUCCAUGUGUUGAGAUGAAUCCAGUUGAAGAUAGUCUCGUAUCACCGAAUUGGUGUAUAUACAUAUUCUCUACUAGACAGUGCCGAUGCAA